AUGCGGGACAAGGAGGUGUUAGUUGUUGCUCGUCGGCCCGACACUGCUAGUGAAAUAGCCAGGCGCGUCAAGAACCCUAAACCAUGGUCGAUUUCUAGUGUAGAUAAAGUACUUUCCACAAACACAUCUGUCGUAAAAUAUCUUCGACGAAGACCUGAGCAGAGUGGUACAGAGUUAGUCAAAACUUCCGUAAAGUGUGAGCCGUGGGGUGAACCGCGUGGUCGCGGGCUCGUGUGCCUCCCUCUCAGCGAGGAGACAAGAUAUUUGCCGAUCCAGGAAAGUACAGAUCGCUGGAUGGCCUGA